CUUUAGGGGACAGAUGAUAUGUGUGAGUGUAGUAGCACUUCACCAGAAAGAACCUAACAAGCGAUCGCAAGAGAACCUAGAAAACGGGGGUAGCGAUAUUACACUAGAAAGAGAACUUUGGGUAGCGCGUUUGGAAAACUGUGGUCUUCUGUUGUGAGAAAAAGCCAGCUGAACUACUUGCAGUAGGAGCUAAUUCCGAUAAUGUGGCUGGUUGCCCGUUUAACUGCUUUGGCAGUGCUAGCUUGCUGGCAUGGCUCAGCAGCUGAAACCCCUGCCUAUCUAGUGUUAGCACCGCAGGUGUUUCGUGCUGGUAUGACAUACAAUGUCAGCGUGACAUCCUUCCGUGCUGGAACCCCACAGGCCGCAUUGACCAUUGUGGACAAUUCAACUGGGCAGAGUGUGGCCACUGUUACGUCACCUCCUUUAACCCAAGGGGUGCCAUCUUUAGUGUCCUUGCAGAUUCCUUCAGAUGCUACAAGAAGUAAAUUUAGUCUGAAAGUGCAGCUGGACUCCAUUAAAAACUCGUCCUCGGUGAACAUGCAUCAAAAGACCAUGUCUGUAUUUAUUCAGACAGAUAAAGCAAUGUACAAGCCUGGGCAACUGGUCAACUACCGUGUAUUUGCGGUGAAGCCAGAUCUUUUGCCAUAUAUGGGACCCAUUAACAUUGACGUUUUUGAUCCCAAAGGCAACAAGAUCAGACAGUAUGUUGACCAGAGGAAUGACAGUGCCAUGGGAGUUCUGACCAAAUCCCUUCAACUGACAAGUUUACCUGUUCUUGGAGAUUGGAAGAUUAAAGUGAAUGCUGGGGGUCAAAAAGUAGAGAAAGUAUUCACAGUUGCAGAGUAUGUUUUGCCCUUGUACGAGGUCAAAGUGACCCUUCCCCCUUACGGAUUGACAAGAACACAAGAAAAGAUCAUAGGCCAAGUGGAGGCAAAGUACACAUAUGGAAAAGGUGUCAAAGGAAAAGUGACAUUAAAAGCCAUGUUUGUGCCCUUGUACCAGUAUUCUAGAAGUCCUUCUGUGAAAAGUAUCAUGAAAAAAAUGGAUAUUAAUGGCACUGCUUCAUUCGAAAUCACCCACAGCGAGAUUCGUCAGACUUUUGGGUUGGCUGGAGGUGCCAUCCCUACCAAUCAGAACUUAGUGGUCAUUGCAAACGUCACGGAGACCUUGACCGGAACUUCCCAGUCUGGAAAUGAAUCCAUUAGAUUUUAUGAUGAAGAACACGAAGUGGAAUUUCUGGAAGCUAGUCCCUCACAUUUCAAGCCAGGUCUUAAGUAUACUGCCUUUGCCAAAGUGACCCAGCCAGACGGCACUCCCCCAGCUCCUCGCACUACCCCACUUCAAGUGGAGGUCAAAUACUACAGUGAAUGGAAUGACCCUGACAAGGAAUUGAUUCGACAGACUCUGGAUGUCCCAGCUGAUGGACUUUUGCCAGUAACAGUGGACAUUCCUACACGUGCCACUACCUUCACUUUGACUAAAUUUUUGCCCUUGUACGAGGUCAAAGUGACCCUUCCCCCUUACGGAUUGACAAGAACACAAGAAAAGAUCAUAGGCCAAGUGGAGGCAAAGUACACAUAUGGAAAAGGUGUCAAAGGAAAAGUGACAUUAAAAGCCAUGUUUGUGCCCUUGUACCAGUAUUCUAGAAGUCCUUCUGUGAAAAGUAUCAUGAAAAAAAUGGAUAUUAAUGGCACUGCUUCAUUCGAAAUCACCCACAGCGAGAUUCGUCAGACUUUUGGGUUGGCUGGAGGUGCCAUCCCUACCAAUCAGAACUUUGUGGUCAUGGCAAACGUCACGGAGACCUUGACCGGAACUUCCCAGUCUGGAAAUGAAUCCAUUAGAUUUUAUGAUGAAGAACACGAAGUGGAAUUUCUGGAAGCUAGUCCCUCACAUUUCAAGCCAGGUCUUAAGUAUACUGCCUUUGCUAAAGUGACCCAGCCAGAUGGCACUCCCCCAGCUCCUCGCACUACCCCACUUCAAGUGGAGGUCAAAUACUACAGUGAAUGGAAUGACCCUGACAAGGAAUUGAUUCGACAGACUCUGGAUGUUCCAGCUGAUGGACUUUUGCCAGUAACAGUGGACAUUCCUACACGUGCCACUACCUUCACUUUGACUGUCAGCCUGAAAGGUUCCAGCACUGCAAGGGCUGUGAAAUCUCCAAAUCCAUUUGAAACCAGGAGUGGCCAGCAAAUGCAGAUAACCUUGAAAGAUGUUGACAGUGUUUCACAGGCAGGAGGAGACAUAGUGUUUCAGUUAAGGUCAACAUCAUCUCUCUCCAAGGUGUCUUACCAGAUUGUCUCCAGGGGAACCAUACACUCAGUGGGUGAACAGGUGUUUGCCAGUGCUGCUACCAGGCAAGAGUUCACCAUCACGGCCGAUAGCAAUAUGGCACCCAAAGCUAGAAUUCUGGUCUAUUUCCUCACUGCUGAUGGUGAAAUGAUUGUUGACAGUGUUGAUUUUACUGUAGAGGGAGCUUUUAGAAAUGAUGUGUCUGUGCGUUUUACCAACCCAUCAAACACAGAAAUUACGCAAUCGGAAUUGGGCAAGGAUGUGACCUUUGAAGUGACUGCCGCUGCUGGGUCAUUUGUAGGAUGUCUUGCUGUGGACCAGAGUGUGUUGCUGCUAAAAUCAGGGAAUGAUAUCACACAGGCCGAAGUCUUGGCAGAACUGGAGGAGUACGAUGUAAAGGACACAAGUGGAGGGUUUAACCCCUGCUUAAGAGGCGAACCGUGUAUUAUGGCCAAGAGAAAGAAGAGGUCAUUUUGGUGGCCCUAUCCCAUUGGUGGAAAUAAUGCUUUUGAUUUGCUGAAGGAAGCAGGCAUGCUGGUAAUGACAGAUGCUUAUUUAAAAAAGGACCUAGUAUUGUACCCCAGUAAGUAAAGAGUUGAGUCAUUAUUCCACAAAAAAAAA